AUGAAUCCUGACGAUGGAGCAGACCCUCAUAGGGGCGUCGUGUCAGAAGUGAUGCACACAGUGACAGAAUAUCUCCGACCACUUGUAUCGAAGCGAGCCCAAAAGAUCUAUUUAGGGGCUUUUCUAUUCUUCUGUACGGCUAUAGCCAUGAUCGUCACCUCGACGGUCGCGUAUGGGGUCUUCUAUUACAGGUUCAUCCCGCAGGCGGGCCUUGAACGGAUUGUUCACUUGCAGUUUGGCGAAGGUCCUCCCUGGGGAAUUGCAAGCCUGGGAUCAGACCUGGUUUCAUCCCUGCCCUACGAUGUCCAGGUGGAACUCGAAUUACCACGAACACCUUCCAAUCUCGCCGCGGGAAAUUUCAUGCUAGAUUUGGCCCUCCUAUCCCGUCCGUUUACGUCUGCUCCGCAGGAUACAAACACUUCGAUUACGACUCUCUCCCACUCGCGCCGCCCUGCUAUUCUUACCUAUGCUUCGCCGUUGGUGGACACAGCUAGUAAGAUCUCGUUCAUGCCGUUUUACGUGCUGGGAUGGCACCACGAAGCGGAGAAGCUGCAAGUGCCGAUGAUGGAACGAGUGCAGUUCGCUCGUGGUUCGCGCAACAUACCGGGAAGCUUGCGCUUGGAGCUGCACAGCUCGGAGAUCAUGCAAGUAUACAAAGCGAAGGUCAUGUUCCGGGCGCGGUUUACGGGCUUGCGCUGGGCAAUGUAUAACUGGAGACUCACUUCAUUCGUUGUCUUCGGGUUCCUGUUUUGGAGCAUCAGCAUGGCUUCUGCAGGGCUCGCAUGGCUGGUUUUAGCAUCGCUUCUUAGCAGUCGGGAUGAUACAUCCGGUCCUGUUGUUGAUAGCAGUCGAAAUGACACAUCCGGUCCUGUUGUUAAGGAGGAGGAUCGCAGCGCUACACCCCUCAUCAAGAAAGAAGAGGAGGAAAUUGACGAGCCGCUUUCCGAUGUACCGAUUGCGGAAUCCUCGAAAGCAGCGGGGAAAAGGAGGGCAAUAGAGCCUGAGGAUGCCGUGAAGGAAGAGGACGAGGAAGGUGAUGUGGGAAGUGCAGAUGAAAUUGCCCUAAACAAAAUUCUGUUUGAAGGGGACGAAGAAGAUGGCCGAGGCGAAGAGCCUCUGGAGGCUUCUGGCUCAGGCACAGCCAGGGAGAGUGCUCACGCCCGAGGAGUGCAAAGACGGCGAAGCCAUGUUGUCAACGACGACGGCCCGCCGUCCAACCAGUCCUCGCCGUACAUCCAUUCCUUCGUCCAAUCGUUGCAGUCUGCCGGGCACAUUGUAUCUGUCGUUCUCCCCCACCAGCAGCGAUCAUGGAUCGGUAAAGCCCACUUGAUCGGGGCCGCCGUGAAGCCAACCUACUUCCGUCCCGGUACUCUGCACAAAGACGAUGGGACGACACACGAGUUCCCUCACGGUAUGAACGAGGGCGAUGAUGACAGUUACGAUGGAGAUGAAUGGAUUCUUGUGGACUCCACACCGGCCAGCUGUGUUCAGAUUGGCCUGUACCACUACUUCCAAGACCGUGGCCCGAUUGACCUCGUGGUGUCCGGUCCGAACUACGGCCGGAAUUCAACUGCUCUCUUCGCCCUGUCCAGUGGAACCAUUGGCGGUGCUAUGGAGGCAGCAGUCUGCGGAAAGCCCGCGAUCGCACUGUCGUACGCCUUUAGCUCCAGAGACCAUGAUCCCGUUGUCAUCGCGGAGGCAUCGCGUCAUGCCGUUCGGUUAAUCGAGUACCUCCACAAGAACUGGGCCGACGGUGUGGAUCUAUAUACCGUCAAUGUCCCGCUGGAGCCUGGUGUGAGCCAGAACAAGGUGCUGUACACCAACAUGCUUGAUAACCGCUGGUCAUCGGGCAGCUGUUUCCGCGCGGUCGAUGCCUCGGCCUCGGCCUCGGCCAAUUCGCCUGAGAAGCAGGAGCACGACGUGCGACACCAGACUGUGCCCGCGGGAGAGAAGGCGCCAUCAGCCGUGGAUGGAACGAGCCCAUUGAAGAGAUCUCGCAUCCAACACAAACACUUCGAGUGGGCGCCAAACUUCUCGGAUGUGUACAGAAGUGUGGAGGAGGGUGCUCCAGGGAACGACGGCUGGGCUGUCAAGGAGGGCAUGACCAGUGUUACGCCGCUUCGAGCCAAUUUCAUGCAUACCCCUGGAAUUCAAGGAGAGAUUACGCUACCGGAUAAUAACACUGAGCCUACCUUCUAUUCUCUCGUCGACAGCGACGACUCCUAUGUCCAGAGUCUGAUGGAGCGGGCGCUCCAGCGUCGUCUUGGAAAUGGUCAAUGUCGCGCCAUUUCAUCUCUCGCUGACCUUCCCUCUCGCACUACACCUAUCUUCCAGUACCGUGAAUACGAACGGCUAGAAUUCGAGCAUGUCAUGAUGCACACCUCCACCUCUCUCGCCAACGCAUACAUCAUCCGCAAAGCCCUCAUCCGCAAACACUACCUGUCCAACACCGUCAUCAACUGGGUAACGAAACACCCGGACAGCGUCCUAGCCAAGCACUUCAAGCCCGGCUUCGACUUCGAGCUCGACUACGCCGAAUUCCUCGACGACGCCCUCCUCGAGGCCUACGAGCUGCGCGACAGCCUCGCCAAGAACGAAACCCUCCCCGACGAAGAAAAAGAAUGGUGGAUUCUCAAACCCGGCAUGAGCGACCGCGGCCAAGGCAUUCGCCUCUUCAACAGCGAAGACGGGCUGCGUGAGAUCUUCGAAGAAUGGGAAGUGCCCGACUCCGACGAUGAAAGCGGCUCCGAGCGUCCAGAGCCCGAAGACAACGAAGAAGAAGAAGACGACAACCACGGCGUGGUGACCUCCCAACUCCGCCACUUCAUCGCCCAACCCUACAUCGACCCCCCACUCCUCAUCCCCUCCUCCCACAACCGCAAAUUCCACAUCCGCACCUACGUCCUCGCCGUCGGCUCCCUCAAAAUCUACGUCUUCAAGGAAAUGCUCGCCCUCUUCGCCGCAAAACCCUAUUGUCCUCCCUUCGAAGACGAAGACGAAGUCACCGACCUCGCCCGCCAUCUCACCAACACCUGUUUCCAGGAAAACGGCCGCGCUAACCCGGACAGCGUCCGUCGCUUCUGGAACCUAGAGGACUAUGUCCCCGGUCUCAGCGAUACAUGGAAACAGAACGUCUUUGAUCAGAUUUGCGCCGUGAGUGGCGAGAUCUUCGAGGCUGCGGCUAGGGGCAUGAUGGUGCAUUUCCAGACUCUGCCGAAUGUGUUUGAACUCUUCGGUGUGGACUUUUUGGUCGAUAAGAAGGGCAAUGCUUGGUUGUUGGAGUUGAAUGCUUAUCCGGAUUUCGCCCAGACUGGUGAGGAUCUGAAGGAGUUGGUUGUGGGCAGGUUGUUUGAGGAGACGGUCGAUGUGGCUGUUAAGCCGUUCUUUGGGUUGCAGGAGGAUGGGGAUGUGAGUAAGGGGACGGAGAUGUUGAAGUUGGUUAGGGAUGUGGAUUUGGGGAGGAAGGCUUGA